ACUACAUGUCCCAUGAGGCUCUGGGGGGGCCCGCAGCUUUCACCGGAAAAGGUUUCACUAGAAGUGGGGGAGGAGUCCAAAAGGGAUUGUGGGAGAAAGGUUCCUCCUUUCCGUCUGGCCGCAGCCAUAAGGUAAGCCAAGAUGGGCGCUUACAAGUACAUCCAGGAGCUAUGGAGGAAGAAGCAGUCCGACGUGAUGCGCUUCCUUCUCAGGGUGCGCUGCUGGCAGUACCGCCAGCUCUCUGCGCUCCACAGGGCCCCCCGCCCCACCAGGCCCGAUAAAGCGCGCAGGCUGGGCUACAAGGCCAAGCAAGGUUAUGUCAUAUAUCGGAUUCGUGUGCGCCGUGGUGGCCGCAAACGCCCUGUGCCUAAGGGUGCGACCUAUGGCAAGCCUGUCCACCAUGGGGUUAACCAGCUGAAGUUUGCCCGAAGUCUUCAGUCUGUUGCUGAGGAGCGAGCUGGGCGCCACUGUGGGGCUCUGAGAGUCCUGAAUUCUUACUGGGUUGGUGAAGAUUCCACGUACAAAUUCUUUGAGGUUAUCCUCAUUGAUCCAUUCCAUAAGGCUAUCAGAAGGAACCCUGACACCCAGUGGAUCACCAAACCAGUCCACAAGCACAGGGAGAUGCGAGGGCUGACAUCUGCAGGCCGCAAGAGCCGUGGCCUUGGAAAGGGCCACAAGUUCCACCAUACUAUUGGUGGUUCGCGCCGUGCAGCUUGGAGAAGGCGCAAUACUCUCCAGCUCCACCGUUACCGCUAAUACGUGUCAUGUUUGUAAAAUUCUUACCUAAUAAACAAUUUAGGACAGUCUUGUCUGCUUAAAAGUGUUCUUUAAUUUGUUAAAACUAGUCUGCAGAUUGUUUCGUGAAUGCAUUGUCAAAUUAUGAAAGUUAAAGUGCAAUAAUGUUUGAAGACUAUAAGUGAUGGUGUAUCUUGUUUCUCAUAAGAUGAACACUUGUUUUUGCUUUAUCAGCGAUUUUCAACAUUUUUUCAUCUGUGACACACCAAAAUGUGUAUUAGUUUUCUGCUGGUCUGAUAAAAAAAGUUGGUGUAAUUUUUGAUUUAUUCACAUCAGGUGGCUAUUGUGUUGGCUGUUGUCAUUUUUUAUUUGACAAUCUAAGGGGAAAGAGGUCAGUGCCCCUGACUAAAUAAUCGGGUAUUGCAUGUUUUAAAAAUUCUUGCAUUACACCAGUGUGCCAUGGCACACCAGUUGAAAAUCGCUACUUUUUCUUGUUAGGGAGUUUUCUAUGUCAGUGUUUAAAAUCUGUUUGGUAUGAUAGGUGUAAAAUAAACUCUGUGAAAAAAGGAGUACAGAACUAGCUGUGUAGAUUUGUUGAUGCAUGUGGUAAAACGUACAGCUUUAUUGGGGUAAUGCAGUCCUCUGCUGGUGUACUCAAGGGGCUCUUUUUAAGUUGAAUUUUGCUUGGAAUUGCAAAAGAUAGUCUGUUCUCAUAAUCCUAUGCAGAAAAAUGAAUUAAUAGAGGGUCCAUAUUUUUAGAUUAACCUAAUAUAACUGCUCUUCUAAAAGAAAAGUAAAAAGAAUGCCACCACUCUUUAGGAGAAGUGAAAGAUCUUGUUGAAAGAGGGCUCUCAAAUGUCCUGAUUUACCUAAACAAAAUUAGCUUGGUCUCCACAGUACCGUUGACUCACAUAAAAGGUGGACACUGCUGGGACACUUGUGGGAUGUAUAGAAUACUGAAUUUCAUGCAGCAGAGUAAUGGUAAUUACACUGGUGUAUAUUAAGACAUGAAAAUUGGACAUGAGGAAAAUAAGUGUUAAUUUUCCCCCUAGCCACCCUAGGGAGAGAAAUUCACUUUAAAAGUACCUCUUUGCUUGGUCCAUUUAGUCUUAAAAGUCAUUUUGGGUCAACCCACCAUGUCCAUUAUCCCCAUAAGGCUACUGAGAAAUGUCAUGUAGUUGGUGUUUAUAGAAGUCCAUGGUUUCUAGUUGAAUAUUAUGCACUGUCAACAGUUAUUUUGCCCAUACCUCCUCAAACUACCCUCAAAAUCCUUAACAUUCCACAAACUCCAGGCCUUCAACUGUGCCCACCCUAAUAGUAAAGCAUACCACCACAUGGUGUUUGCCUUGUGUCUUCCAGCAGACCAGGCUUCUGUGUUCCGCCAUGAACUUACUUGAGUGUGGGAAAUAGAGAAGAGGAAUUGGCCCCAAUUACCAACUGGGUUUGCUGACUUAAUAGGUUGUUUCCAAAAUCUAAUUGUGGGUUUCUUUUCUUCGGAAAUCUUAAAAGGCUCAGUUAAGUGAUAUCCAGAAAACAUUUGGCAGACUCGAAACCUUUUAAGACAAAUUCCUUUCCACUCAAAAAUCUUACACCAUCUAUUUUGUGUGUAGAAGAUGUUCACCUAAAGGAAUAAAUGUCUGUUAAAC